GGCAGCCGUGCCGGGCACCCGUGGGGCGGGCAGCGCGGCCGCCGCUCCGCAGCGCAGGGACCGCCGCCGGCCGCCCCCAAGAUGCUGUUUUGGCACACGCAGCCGGAGCAUUACAACCAGCACUCGACCGGCAGCUACCUGCGAGAUGUCCUUGCGCUGCCGAUCUUCAAGCAGGAAGAGCCGCAGCUGUCUCCUGAGAAUGAUGCCAAACUGCCACCCUUCCAGUAUGUCCUCUGCACAGCCACCUCCCCCGCCGUGAAACUGCACGAAGAAACUCUGACCUACCUCAACCAAGGUCAGUCUUAUGAAAUCCGUCUACUUGAGAAUAGGAAAUUGGGAGAGUUUCAAGAUAUAAACACAAAAUAUGUAAAGAGUAUAAUUCGUGUUGUUUUCCACGACCGCCGCCUGCAGUACACAGAGCAUCAGCAGCUCGAGGGCUGGAGGUGGAGUCGGCCUGGGGACCGCAUCCUUGAUAUAGAUAUCCCGCUGUCAGUUGGUAUCUUGGAUCCCAGGGCUAGCCCAACCCAGUUGAACACUGUUGAAUUUCUCUGGGAUCCGUCAAAGAGGGCUUCAGCAUUCAUUCAGGUACAUUGCAUCAGCACAGAAUUUACCCCACGGAAACAUGGAGGGGAGAAAGGUGUGCCCUUCCGGGUGCAAAUCGACACCUUUAAGCAGAGUGAAAAUGGUGAAUACACAGAACACUUGCAUUCUGCAAGCUGCCAGAUCAAAGUGUUCAAGCCGAAAGGAGCAGACAGAAAACAGAAGACUGACAGGGAAAAAAUGGAAAAGAAGACCACCCAAGAGAAGGAGAAGUAUCAGCCUUCCUAUGAGACAACUAUUCUCACAGAGUGCUCUCCCUGGCCAGAUGUGCCUUAUCAAAUGAACAAUGCUCCAUCUCCAAGUUACAACAGUUCUCCCAACAGCUUCAACCUCGGAGAUGGCAACAGUUCUCCAACCCACCAAAUGGAGCUCCUGCCUCCCAGCAAUGAUCAUCUCCUUCCUUCUGCUUCUAUUCAAGAUGCCCAGCAGUGGCUUCAUCGUAAUAGGUUCUCUCCAUUCUGUAGACUCUUCUCAAGUUUUUCGGGUGCCGACUUACUGAAGAUGUCCAAAGAAGAUUUUGUUCAAAUCUGUGGGCCUGCUGAUGGAAUUCGGCUCUUUAAUGCAAUUAAAGGAAGAAAUGUGAGGCCCAAGAUGACAAUUUAUGUCUGUCAAGAACCAGAGCAAAACAGGUCCCAUCUCCACCAAAAACGAGAAAAUGGAGAUGGAAGUCUUUGUGUGUAUCAUGCAAUCUUCUUAGAAGAGCUGACCACGCUGGAAUUGCUGGAGAAGAUUGCAAACUUGUACAGCAUUUCUCCACAGCAGAUCAAUCGGAUCUACCGGCAAGGACCCACAGGGAUCCACGUGUUAGUGAGCAAUGAGAUGGUGCAAAACUUCCAAGACGAAUCCUGUUUUGUUAUCAGUACAUUGAAAGCUGAAAGCAAUGAUGGCUACCACAUCAUUUUAAAAUGACCGUGCUGCACAGAGACUUUAACGGCCUAAAACUUAGUGCCUCACUGAGAUUGCUACAACCUAGACUGGAAACACGAAGAACCUUCUGGAUAAAUGCUCCUGUGAACUAAGAAUUACCAAACAGCCUAAGAAAAACUUGCUUUUACAGAUAGAAA